AUGGUGACUUUUAACGACAAGAUGUAUCUAUUCGGAGGAACGAACGGCUUCCAAUGGUUCAACGACGUUUGGUGCUAUGAUCCUACCACAAAUCUUUGGAGCCAGUUGGAUUGCAUAGGAUAUAUCCCUGUUCCCCGAGAAGGCCAUGCCGCAUCAAUAGUUGACGACGUAAUGUACAUCUUUGGAGGUCGAACAGAAGAUGGUGCCGAUUUAGGCGAUCUAGCAGCUUUCCGGAUUACUUCCCGCCGCUGGUACACCUUCCAGAAUAUGGGCCCUUCGCCUUCGCCGCGGUCUGGUCACAGCAUGACGACAGUCGGCAAAUCAGUGGUGGUCGUUGGAGGAGAGCCGAGCUCUGCCGCCACAGCUGUUAACGACCUUGCCCUGGUUUACCUGCUGGACACCACGAAGAUCCGCUACCCUAAUGACUCACAAAUACAAUCCAGCUCUCAGAGGGCGGUGCAGGUGGCACUGCUAAAGGAGCUGGAUGCAGCACGCAACAGGAACGCGUGGUAUGCCUCCGAGCUAGAACUGGCAAGGAAAUCCGGUUACACUCCAAAUGCUUCUCUUAGUCCCGUGUUGGACAGCCGAGCUGCGGAGACCUUUGAUGACGAUGACAAACCCCUGAUUGAGGCUCUCAUUGCCAUGAGGACGGAAUUGGCAAAUGUUCAAAGUUCUGUAGACAAGCAAGCAGUUCUUGCAGCAAAGCAAAUCGCCGAGGCAGAGAAGCAGAGGGAUGCUGCCAUUCAAGAAGCAGUCUAUGCCAAAGCAAAGCUCGCUGCUCAUAUGGGAAGCGCGGCCAACUCUCCACAACUCGAUAACGACCGCGAAAAUGACGAGCGAACAGGGGAGAUCAGCAGGAAGCUUGCAACCGCCUUAAACACGCAGAAGGAACUCCAAAAUGCACUAGACCGCGCCAGCAGCGAAAUCGACGCUGAGAGAAGAGCCCGAAAGCUUGCUGAUGACACCGUGAAUGCGGCGCAACGACGGAUGACAGAGCUCGAGAGCUACAAGCAACAGAAUUCGUCUGAACUCGAGCGUCUCAAGGCCGAGCUACAUAUGGUCCAGCGUGAAGCCCGGGAGCAAUCUGUCGUUGCUGCCGACGCCACAGCUGCCAUGCAACUUCUACGUGUUGAAAGAGACGAUUUCCAGGCCAAAUUUAACGAUGCUGUGGGAAGUUCUAAGGGGCAUAGCGAAACAUUUGACUCCCUCCGAGAGGCUGUAGCUGCCUCUGCGAAUAUGAAGAGCCUUCUCGAGCGCAAGCUUGAAGAGGAGCGCGCCUCGCGAGAAAAGGUUGAGACAAAGCUAGCCAAGCUGAAGACAGAGCAUGAAGCUCGCACUGCCGAACUCCGCGAGCUCAUCGUCAAGCAGUAUUGGCAGGAUUAG